AUGGAGUCCGACCCGACCCAAAUAACCCACGACUUCCCCCCUUUCUUCCGCGUCCACUCCACCGGCCACAUCGAGCGAUACAUCACCCACGACUUCAAACCCCCUCUCCGUCCGCCUCUACCUCCCCCAAAUCCCCCAAUCCCACCCCAAACCCCCCUCAUCUUCUACACCCACGGCGGCGGCUUCUCCAUCGAAUCCGCCUUCUCCUCCACCUACCACCGCCUCCUCAACUCCCUCGCCUCCCUCUCCCGCUCCCUCAUCGUCUCCGUCGACUACCGCCUCGCCCCUGAGCACCCCAUCCCCGCCUGCUACGAGGACUCCUUCGCCGCCCUCAAAUGGCUCCACGAUUCCUCCCCAUCCGAUCCCUGGAUCGCCGAUCACGCCGAUCUCCGCCGCGUCUACCUCGCUGGCGACAGCGCCGGCGCCAACAUCGCGCACAACACGCUAGUCCGGGCCAGGAGUGAGGGCGGGUUCGGGAUUGGAUUUGCGGGCUUGAUUUUGGUGCAUCCCUUUUUCGGGAUUGGGAAGGCGGAUAGGUUGUGGGAUUACAUCUGCCCCGGGUCGGGCGGGGUGGAUGACCCGAGGCUGCACCCGAUGGCCCACCCGGGUCUGAUGGCGGGUCUGGGGUGCGGGAGGGUGCUGAUUUGUGUGGCGGAAAAGGAUUUUUUGAGGAGCAGGGGAUUGGGAUACUACCGGAGCUUGAAGGAGAGUGGCUGGAACGGCGUCGUUGAGAUGUUUGAGACGUCUGGGGAGCCGCACGUGUUUCAUUUGCUGGAUCCCACGUGCGCCAACGCGGCCGCGUUGCUGACGAGGAUUGUUGAGUUUGUUAAUUCUGGAGUUCGGGUUCUGUCGAGUGUUUAG